AUGAUAACUUUACUAUGGUACAUUCUCACCGUCCUAGUAGUUGUACAGUUUGUUCUAGGAAGUUUUGCCAAUGGCUUCAUAGUGCUGGUGAACUGCACAGACUGGAUCAAGAGACGAAAGUUCUCCUUAGUGGAUCAGGUUGUCACAGCACUGGCGAUCUUCAGAGUUAGUUUUCUCUGGGUAAUAUUAAUAAAUUGGUACUCCGUUGCAAGCAAUCCGGCUUUAAGUAGCUUAACAGUCUUUCGAAUCAUCAUUCAUAUCUCAUGGACAGUGAACACCCAUUUUAACACCUGGCUUGCUACCAGCCUCAGCAUACUUUACUUGCUGAAGAUAGCCAAUUUCUCUAGCCUUCUGUUUUUCUACCUAAAGCGGAGAGUUAAAAGUGUCCUUCUUGUAAUCCUGGUGGGGAGUUUGGUCUUUUUGGCUUCUCAGCUUGUAUCGGUAAGCAACCACGAGAUUGUGCUCUCUAAUGAAAAGGAAGGAAACGUGACGUGGAAGACUAAAGAGAGGCACUUGAUACUGGUUUCAAAUUCAGCAGUGUUCUUGCUAGCGAACCUCAUCCCCUUCACCAUGUCCUUGGCGUCUCUUGUGCUGUUGAUCCAUUCCCUGCGGAAACAUCUCAAGAAGAGGCAGCUCAGUGGCCAAGGAUCCCAAGAUCCCAGCGCCAGGGUCCACAUCAGAGCCUUGCAGACCAUGGUCUCCUUCCUCCUGCUGUUUGCCAUUUACUUCUUUGACACGCUGGUCUCAUUUUUGAAUUUUAAUAAGCUGAUGAACAAACUGGUCCUCAUGUUUUGCAAUGCUCUAUUAGUCCUGUACCCGUCAAGUCACUCACUCAUCCUGAUUUGGGGAAACAAGAAGCUGACACGGGCCUUCCUGACAUAUUUGCGGCAGCUGAGAUCCGGGCUCCGAGACAGGGAGUAA